CGGAGAGGGGAGGUGACUCCGGCCGGAGAGGACGCAGGAUGAGGGCCCUGCGGGUCUCCCAGGCGCUGGUCCGCGCCUUCGGCUCAACCGCCCGGAACCGCUUUGAGAACCGCGUGGCGGAGAAACAGAAGCUCUUCCAGGCGGACAAUGACCUCCCGGUGCACUUAAAAGGCGGAGCGACAGACAACAUCUUGUACCGACUGACUAUGGCGCUGUGCCUGGGCGGCACCGUUUACAGCUUGUAUUGCCUUGGCUGGGCCUCCUUCCCCCACAAGAAGUGAGACCAAGACGUGUAGAGGACCUGGCAGACUUGGACAAGCACUAAUAAAUACUGGCCUCAGUG